CAUUUUCACAAAUAUUUAAUGGGGUUCGGAAGAUAUUUACUGAUGGACUCCUUUCCUUUACAGGAUAUUGCAGCAUGAAGAAGGAGCAAGUUGUCAACUGUCAGUUUUCGGUUUGGUAUCCGAUAUUCAAGAAACAUUCGAUUAAAAGUGUGAUUCUCCCACUGCCUCAGAAUGUAAUAGACUAUUUACUGGAUGAUGGCACACUGGUAGUCUCUGGGAGUGACCAUAACACACAGCAGUCACACGCUAACAACAGUGACUCGGACGCAGAGGAAGACAUUCAGUGGUCAGAUGAUGAGACAACCACCACUGUUACUGCUCCUGAGUUCCCAGAAUUCACCUCUAAAGUCCAGGAGGCCAUAAACGCCCUGGGUGGGCGCGUCUUUCCCAAAUUGAACUGGAGUGCUCCACGGGAUGCUAACUGGAUUGCACUGAACAGCUCCCUGCAGUGUGACAGCCUUAGCGAUAUAUUUCUGCUCUUCAAAAGUUCAGACUUCAUCACCCACGACCUCGCGCAGCCAUUCCUUGCGUGUAGUGACCAGGACUCCCCAGAUCCAGUCAUAAACUAUGAGCUGGUCCUGAGAAAGUGGAGCGAGUUGAUUCCCGGCGGAGAGUUUCGCUGCUUCGUCAAAGAAAACAAACUGAUCGCGAUCUCCCAGAGAGACUACACUCAGUAUUACCAGCACGUCUGGAAGCAGGAGGAGCAGAUCUGUCACGCCAUUCAGGCAUUCUUCAGCCAGCACAUCCAGUACAACUUCCUGGACGAAGACUUUGUGUUUGAUGUCUACAGAGAUAGCCAGGGGAGGGUGUGGCUGAUAGACGUGAACCCGUUCGGAGAGGUGACAGACUCGCUGCUGUUCAGCUGGGAGGAGCUGACGGGUGGGGGGGAAAUCGCCCAGCAGCAGGAAGGCCCGGCGUUUCGCUGCACCACCAGCGAGGUGACGGUGCAGCCCAGUCCCUGUCUGAGCUACAGAAUCCCGCGGGACUUUGUCGACCUCUCCACCGGAGAAGACGCCUACAAACUCAUCGACUUCCUCAAACUGAAGAAAAGCCAACAGGAAGAUUCUGAGGAGGAGGAGGAGGAGGCGAACGCUUCCUUAUCUGGAAGCUGAAGAGUAGCUGCUAGUGUCACCAGGCCUCCAGAUCAUGUUUUCUGCACAAAGUGACUCUUUACCUCUCUGUCCUGUUUGAGCUUCUUUUAUUUUCCUCUUUUCAGCCUGUUUUUCUCUCACCCGAUUGUAAACUGCACAUGGUGUACCCGGAGUUUCCUAAAUAGCUCUCUUGUGUUACGUCUUAUUGAACAUGUUGAAUUAGCACUAUCACGUUAAUGUGUCUCUGACGAUUCAUUUUCUGUCGAGUUGUUGCUGUUGUUGUUUUGCCUCCGACACUGCAGAGCGCCGUCUUGCUGAUGGGAAUGGCUCGGUGAGACAGGAAAGGGAGGCCUCUGCAGUGUCAAUUAGUCGUUUAUGUCAGUUUGAGAGGGAAUUAUUCGUUUUUGAGAAAAUUGUGUUACUGUAAGGGGAUUUAUUUACUAAAACUGUAAAGAAUACCUGCUUUUAUACUUAAAAAUAGGUGAGUAUAACA